AGCCGCGAUAUUUAAAAUGUAAACAUUCGAAAGUUCAAAAUGGUGGACACUUUCCUUUUUACAAGUCAGUCAAUGUGCAUUUGCCUACCAUAGCCUGCAGAAUAAUUUUGGAUAGGCAAAUAAUGCAUCAAGCCAAGUUGCCUCCCAUAUCUGCCAAUCAAAAUCCUUUCCAGGAAAAAGAACAGUUUAAAAGAAAAAAAAGACUAAGCUUUGUCACUAAGCAGUUGAUUAAAAGCACAAAGAAGGAAGUCUACCAACAAUCUAAGUACAAAUUUCAACAAUUUUCAGGUUCAAGUAUUUUUUCUGAUAUUGAUUUGCAGUAUGGCAGCUUUAUAAAAGUACUAGAGUCUGCUGUGGAAAAUUUUCGACCCAAUAUUCACAAAACGAAUGAAAAGUAUGGUAUUAGUGGUUCUUCAACUGCUGCAAACCUUAGAAGACGAAAGCUGGAGCUAGAAACUAAACUUAUUUUGAUACAAAAGGAAAAUAAAAUUCUAAAAAAUGAGUUACGCAAUAUGGAAAUUGAGGAAGAAGAAGAACAAGCUGAGAAAAAAUCUCUCAAAAGCGUACCAACAACUAAAGAGAAAUUAAUACCAUUUAAAAUUGUCUCAAAGGUGAAGAAAGUUAAUGAUAUGGAUUUGUUAGAUGUCGAGAAAUUAAGAGAUCUUUCAGAAGAUUUAGAAAAACAAAAAUUAGCUUUUUGUUUUUCUCUGGAAAAUUAUGGAGUAUUAGAGGAUAAAUUUUUGCAACGGAAGAAAGUUUUGCUACAAAAGGAAGAAGACCAGGAGAAGGCAAAAGAAAGAAAUGUGGAACUAAAGGAAAAAAUUGAAAUUGUAAAGGAAUUACUAAAGGUUUUAGGAAAAAUUCCUGAUUCGUGUUCAAAAAGCACACACAUCGCGAAUGUUGUCUCCGAUAUGAUCAAAGAUUUCGGCGGGAGAACACAGGAUGCUUUUCUUGAUCCGAUCAAAGAAGGACUUUUUGAUAGUGAUGAACCCAAUGAUCAAAAUUACACUCGUGAUCUUGUAAAGUAUGAAGAUCAAUUAAAUUUCUUCUUUCAAAAUAAAGAUUAUGCUCGCGCAGCACAACUGGCUGCGAAUUCACCAAAUGGCAUGUUCAGAACUUAUACCACCUUCUUAAAAUUUAAAAAUGUUAAAUUAAAAGAUGAAGUUUGUGAUUCUCCAGCUAUCUUGUUUUGUAAAGCUGUGAUGGGAACAAGUCAUCAUAAGGAUAUUUUAUCAGCAAAACUUUCCCUUGAAUUCAUCAAAUGUGCUUUAAAUACACGAAAUAAUAGAUUAGUGAGACAUUGGAUGUGCAGCAAAAAUUUAACUAUAUCGUCUCCUCUCGGCGAUAUUUUGUUUCAAAGUUGCAAAUGCACUGAAAAAUGUAGUUGUGGUCUAGUUUUGCUUGCAUUGAAUAUCUAUGUUAAAUUGAAAACAGAAAGAAAAGUUGUUUUUUGUCACUUGAAGCUGAGAAAUUUUUCCGCUGUCUUAAAUUGUAUUCACGAACUGAAAUACACCUCCAGUGAUUGUGUGGAAUUAUUCUCGAAUCAUCCAAGUGUUAGCAUGUUUUAUCUUUUAUCAAAACCUAAUGAAAAAAAUAUGAACAUUUACAUCACGUUACCUGUCACAAUCAGUGUGUUAUUGAAGAAGUUUAUGUUGGAAGAAAUUGUCGAAGUUUUGAGUCAUGUUUACCAAGAAGGUUUAAAUGGGAAAGAUUUGUUGGCUUGUCUUUUGGAAGAAACAUACCGAGAUGAGAUGAAUGAUGAAAAAUGGAUGGAGGUUUUAAAUAUAUGCGAAACUCGUUGUAUUGAUGGGUUGGUGGAAGAACUUCAUGCUUGCUUAGUGACAAGAACUUGUUUGGGAAAUGCAACGAUUUUUUGCUUGAAAGAUUACAUUUCAUGAUAUUUUAUAUGUGUCUUGAAUUUUGUUUGAUUAAAACAAUGUUAAUGUUUUUUUUUUUAUAUUUUUUAUAUUUAUUACUUACAAAUUACUCUGUAUUGUUUUUAUAUUUGAUUAUCCUUUGUUAAUCA